AUGAGGAAGCCGAAGAUUGUUCCGCUUGGUGAGUUGGCAAGGAUCAGCGCCUAGAGAUUCACUAUGGCAAGGAGCCGUGCCUUGAGAGCUUCUAAACCGAGUAGCCAAGCCUAGAAAAUUAUAUUGUCAAGGAUCAGUGUCUAUAGAGGCUAGUUCUCAAGUAUUCGCUUCGAUAUAUCCACUCUGGCAAGUAGCCGAGUCUUGGAAUUUCAAUUCUCAAGGAUCAGAGACUAGAACAUUUAGCUUCCAAGUGACCGCGCCUAGAGAGCAUAACUGUGUAGAAUCCACGUCUAGAUUAUUGCUGUGGCAAGUAGCCUCGCCUUGAGAGUUCAAUUCUCAAGGAUCAGUGGCUAGAGAACCUAGUUCUCAAGUACCCUCUUCGAGAUAUCCACUCUGACAAGCAGCCGCGCCUAGAAAAUCUAUUGUCAAGGAUCCGCGCCUAUAGAGCCUAGGUUCUCAAGUAGCCACUCCUUAAGAACCUAAUUGUCUAUGACACUGCCUCUGGAUAUCCACAAAUUCACCUAUCAUUCACUUUUUUAUCCAUUUUAAUUAAUUAAGGCUGCGUUCCAACAAAUAUCGAUGAUGGAAAAAUGCUGAAAGUCGGUGAAUUACAUCACGAACAUGAUUUUGUAUUUUCUUGCGAGUCUGGUGAAGAUGGAGUAUUGAAUUAUGAAGCAAUCGCAUGUGUUGACGCAUUUGGCGAAACAAUGUAUCCAGGAGAAACGAGAAGACUAAGCAAUGGAACUGUUGUAUUGCAUUGCAAUAUAUUCGGAGGAGCUUUGAAAAAAGUUGUCGAAAGAGCCGCCGGUUGUUAUUUCAAUGAAACAAUUUACGGGGAAGAUGAGAAAUGGGUUGAACCAAUCAAUUCAAAUAAUACAGAUGAAAUUGAUGGGAGAUUGAUGCAAUGCUUCCGACCACAUUAUAGUUAUUAUGAAAGUCAUGUUGUUGGAUGUGUUAUUGGUAGAUUGGGAAUAUUGGUUGAUGAAUAUGGACAGAAAUUGGAUGGGAGUUAUGUGAAAUGUGUUGAAGAUUCACUUGGACAUGUUACAUUGAAACAAGUUACUGUAGAUGGUAAGAUUUUGGAAUUUGGGGAGGGGGGGGGGUUAAAACUUUUUUUGCUUUCAAAUGCUUAUAUAGAAAGCUAGCUCACAAAGAUCCCCUAUUUUCUUAUUAUGAAGAAAUUUUCAGAAUUAUCGUGUAAAAUGGAUAAUCAAACAUUUGCACAUGAUAGCGAAUGGACUGAUGAAAAAAGAAGUGCAGUCAUGCAGUGCUCAUAUGGACAUAUUAUCAAAACUAGUUAGUUUUUUCUCUUAUUAACCCGUUUAUCUUUUCCAAAUUUUCAGAAUGUCUCCUUGAUGGUGAAUUGACACCAAUUGGACAAGAAGUUGCUGUAAGUCGCGGUUGCGUGUUCCUUUGUCACCCGCAAACCAAUGUUUAUAUUUGUGAUGACAAAUUGACGGAAUUCAAGAUAAUUCGAGAGGCGAAUGAGACAACUUCGAAUGUUUUCAAGUUCUAG